AUGCCAAUUCGUCUGGCACGCUAUUCGGACCUGGAGGCGAUAUCCUCAACGCUUGCAGAGGGUUUCCAUGAAGAAGAGGUUAUGGGCCCUCUCUUACAUCCCCUGCGCCGAGAAUAUCCAAACGAUUAUUUGAACUACUGGCGGCGGAAGUGUCUAGAAAAAUGGUGGAAUUACUCGUAUGUCUUCGUCGUGAGCUUUAUAGAGCAAGCCGAGCAGCCGAGUGAAGAAUCACCUGGCGAUCAAAAAGAUGCCAAUAUCUCAGAAGAGCGUAGCGACAAGUCCCCAAAAGUGAUCAUAACUGGCGUGGCUCAGUGGAAUCGCAUGGGGUCUGGCUGGGAGUCCGUCUGGAAACCGCUCGGGAAAUGGGAUCCAAGGCUCUUGAUAUCAUCGUUAAUGUCGAUAUACCACAAUUACUUCCUAGCCUUGAUAUCCCCCAACCGAGCUGCUUCCAGGCCUCCUCAGCUCACUGAAGAGGAUGUCCGGCAGGCGCUUAUCAAGUCUCUAGGAGCCCUGUACGCAUCACCUCCCCAUCGGCUGACCAACUGGUCUCUGAACUGCCUUGCCGUGCGGCCAAAGUACCAGAGACUCGGCCACGGGCGUGAGCUGGUAGCUUGGGGGCUCAACAGGGCGCGAGUGGAGGGCGUCGCGGCCAGUGUGCUCGCAGCUAAAGGCAAAGAUACCUUCUACCGCAGAUGUGGCUUCACUGAGCUGGCGGGAUGGGCUACAGACGGAGAAGGGAAUCCGCUCCAGGGGGUGGUCGAUGGAGGCGCCGUCAUGUUCACGCGAGUAAAGGAGGAUGAUUUAUGA